GUAGGAAGAGCUGGGCAGGGAGGGCUGGAUAGGAAGGGCUGGGCAGGAAGGGCGGUCCCCUCCCUCACGGGGGUCGCAGCCGCCGCCCUCACGGCGCGGGCGCGUCGGGCCCGCCCUCAGCGCGCCCCGCGGCCCCGGCGGAAGGAGCGGCCCGGCCGCCCCCGCCCCUCCUCGCCCGCUGCUUCCGCCCGGUGUCGGCAGAGACAGCGCCGGCCGCCGCCGUGCCGGGAGACGGGGAGCCUGCUCCCGGGGAAGCAAACAUGAGGUCGGGGUCAGAAGAGCCAGUCCCCUUACAUGAAGAAUUCAUCUACUGUUGUGGAGCUGCUACACAUGUCUUAAAGUGUGGGCCCUGGAAAGACCUCUCAAAAGAUGAAAGUAAAAAUCUGCCCAGGCUCUUGUUCAUGAUUAUUCCUGGUAACCCUGGACUGGCAGGUUAUUACAGGACCUUUAUACAGGCCCUUUAUUGUGGACUGAACCAGCAGUAUCCUGUCUGGGUUGUGAGCCAUGCUGGACACUGUAAACCUCCGAGUGGGAUGGAAAUGAUAGAAGACACAGAUAUUAAGGAGCUAGAGGAUGUUUUUGGACUUAAUGGACAAGUAGAGCAUAAGCUGAACUUCCUCAAAAAGAAUGUAUCGAAAGAUAUAAAGCUGGUACUGAUUGCUCAUUCUAUCGGUUGCUACAUCACCCUAGAGAUGAUGAAAAGAGCGUCAGAACUUCAGGUGCUGCGCUCCGUGCUGCUGUUCCCCACCAUCGAGCGCAUGGCGCAGUCCCCGCAGGGGAAGCUGAUGACGCCCUUGCUGUGCAAGCUCCGCUACGCUCUCUACAUGCCCGUGUACCUGCUGUCCUUCCUCCCCGAGGGAGUCAAGGCCUCCCUGGUGAGGUUUGCGCUGCGGGGCAUGAAGAGCUGUGACGAGUCUUCAAUCACAACCUCCAUAAACCUCUUCAGUGUCGACUGCAUUGCCAACAUCUUGUACAUGGCAAGCCAAGAAAUGAUGAAGGUGGUGGAGAGAGACAGUACAACCAUAAAGCAAAAUUUAAAGAAGCUGAUUUUUUACUAUGGAACUGGAGACAGCUGGUGUCCACAGCACUACUACGAUGAGAUCAAGCUGGAUUUUCCGGACGGGGACAUUCGGCUGUGUGAGAAGGGGCUGCGCCACGCCUUCGUGCUGGAUGCCAGCAAGGAGAUGGCUGCCAUGAUCACAGACUGGCUACAGGAUGAUCUGACCAAAUUAUAAACACUACUCCAGUGAUCAACAAGAAAAUGAUGUAAUUAUUUUGUGAACGUGUAAAUUUUUUUAUUUUUUUUUUUUUGUGAGAGAGUCUGUCUUAAUUUUUUUCUGUUUACUAUAGAUUAUGGCUUGUUUUCUAUUGAGAUGUUUCAGAGAAAGUUAAAGAGAGACUGGCUGGUCCAAAGUAUAGUUUUAUUGACUCAGUGCUUACGUAGUUUCAUCCUGAGUCUUCAGGACUCUGGAAGACUUGGCAAAGGGUGGAAUAUUUAUUGCCUGCUGGUGCUCUAGACAAUGCUGAUACAUCUGUAUCUGAGCUACUGCCACCCCACUCUCUGCUGCAGAAGUGUGGGAUGUGGGUCCUGGCAGUGGAUUGGGGUACUCUGUGAAGGGCUUGGCCCUCUCCUCGUGUCUCACCCAUCUGUGUAAGCCAAGUGCAACAGCCCAAGGCCCUGGACAACCCUGACAUUGUCUCCUCUGGGUCAGAGGGGGCUGGUGGUCAGGCUGAGCUCAGGAUAAGUUCAGGGAAGAUGUGUAGAUCAGGUGUGCAGUUUCUCCAAGUCUCACCGUGGGUUUGGGGCACUGCCAGGACUCCACAGGGUAUUAGAAAUGCUGUAAGAUAUCUGUGGCUGCUCAGCAAGGGAAUACAUAAGGAUCUCUUGCCUGGAACAUGGCCAAGUGUUUCAUUUUUCAAUUGAUUGUAGAGAAGGGAAAGUAAACUGGUAAAAAAUGCCAGUAUUAAAAAGUUAAAGUGGAUUGCAGAAUCCAUGUAUAACAACUUCUAGGUGGCCUAGCUCUCCUAAUGAAGUCCAUGAGAACAGUGCUUGCUCAGCAGCUUUAAAGAAUUAAACCACUUCUGAUGCAUGUCUAAAUUUCAGUUCAUUGCUCUAAGGACUGAAGUAUGAAAUUUUCUGCCAAGCCACAAAUUAGGUAAGUUCACCAUCAGAAAACAUCUGUUACUGUGCCACGGCUGCACCCAUGACAUGGCAUGAACAUUACUGUUGAGAACCAGACCCCUGCAUGGUGCUGACAAGGUCCCUGUUCCUCACAUUUGGUGAACCCUUUCCUUUACAGAUUAAAAAAAAAAAAAAAAAAAAAGAAAAAAA